AUGAAGUCCCAGUCCUCCUCUUUAAUCUCUAGCUCAACCUCAGACGCACCGUUGGAAAGAUCUCUACUAUGGGUUGCCAACUUUGGUGAAAUUAAAGCUGCCUUUCACGAGCCAACAUUUCUUGCUCGGGCGGCUCUGUUAGGGCUUCCUGUCGUUAUUCGUAGGCCAUAUAUAAGCCCAAUAAUGCUCUUUACUCUGGAUCCUACCUAUCAAGACAAUACGCCCUUUAUAAAGCAAAUUGAGGUCGUAGAAUCGUUUCUAGCUAGCUUGACCCUCAUAAAGGCAUAUGGGUUUGUCUUGGCAUCUGCUUCGUCUUAUAUCGAACUUCUUGGCGAAAGCUCGAUGAGAGCUGCAAAUGCUUCUCUUAAGCACUUCUUAGAUGCCGUAGUAGUGCUAUACUCAGAGUCUAUACGGUACCGCUUUGACUCUAAUAUCGUUGGUGAAAAGGUUGCAAAUUCGCAGAAGACUCAGCUUUACGCAGAAAUAAUACAGCGUCUUCCUGCACUCCAGUCGUUAUCCUGUGAUCUGACAAAUUACAAUAUACGAUUUAUGCUUAUUAACGAGUGCUUACAGAUGCAUGGAAAGAAGGAGAAGGCAAACAUUCUUCCAGGAACUUCCCAUCAACAAUCGGGAUCUGUAGUUUUGGCUGUGUCCACCUCCAAAUAUCUGGGAUCGAUGAUGCGGUAUAAGCUGAAGACUUAUCAACUCCCCGAUCGAGUCUUCCUUGGACCAACCUCCAUGGACCAUGAGCUAGCUUUCAUAAUGUGUGAGGUUGCAGGAUUGAAGCCAGGAGAUAUUGUCUGCGACCCAUUUGCUGGCACAUGCAGCAUUCUGGUCAGCGCCGCAUCGUAUGGAUGUAUUACUAUUGGCGGAGACUUAAAUAUUCGUGUGCUGCGGGGGAAAAGCACUGACGAGAACUUCAGUAAGAACUUUCUUCAGUAUGGCCUUCCCCAACCGAUAAUUUCGCACCAUGAUGUUAAUAGGAUAGCAUAUCAGUGCCUAUGUAUAGAUGCAAUACUAUGUGACCCCCCAUAUUCCAUCCGUGCUGGAUCCAGAAAAGGGAAAGCAGCUGAUGUUGCACAUCCGGCCGAAUCAGUGGACGACACUGAUAAUUUAGUCACAGAUACUGUAUUCACACGUAGCUGGAACUAUAACAAGUUUAGUGUUGCAUCCCAACAUCAGGAUACAGCAGACAUAUUCUUGUCUGUCCUAAAGUUUGCUGCAUGGACACUGAAAUUAGACGGCCAUCUGGUCUUUUGGAUGCCAUACUUAGUCAAUGAGUUUACUGAGGACGAUAUCCCCGCACACCCUGAUUUUCUGUGCCUUUAUCACCUACCACAGCAGAUGACUAUGCUUUACGGACGCCGUAUGUGUGUUUUGAAGCGGAUAUCUACGGAGGGAGUCAGUCACAAUCCGUUCUAUAAAAGAUACCCAUCUCACGCCAACUUCAGCGAAAAGAUAGGCUUUCAUAAGUCGGUAUGCAAGCUAUAG